AUGCUUCUUAGAUAUUCAAGUUUGAUUUCUGAAACAAUUCCUUUCCAUCGAGAUUACCAGGAUACGCUUCCGCAAGAACUGCUUGGGAGUAGAGGGUCAGAGGUUGCACGCUGUGAUCAACGAGCUCGACUCUCUGAAACCGGAAUUCGACCGAUCAGCAAUUCCAGAAGCUAUCUUUUGAUUUUCUGCCUCCAAACCAAGCAACCUUGUCUAGACACUCAUUUCUUGGUCCAAUGGGUGGCACCUAAGUCCGAGAUAAAGGUUCAAUAUCCGAGUAAUACCGAUUGGGGUUCUGCUGAAAACUCAGGUCUAAUUGAUGCUGGACCUUGCGGUUCCUCAGUGUCAAAUAAUGGUGAUUCUCAAGGUGUUUCAACGCUGAAUUAUGUGCUCUCCUUAGAUGAUGGUCGAUGGCAACGUCAUUCCAAAGCGGUAGCUUCUCAGUUUAUCAGUGAUGCAACUGAAGACCCUUUCAGUUUGUCGGUAUGA